AGCGCACGAAGUCCGACAAUCACGUCACACACGUUAGACGUCUAUUUACGCUUACUUCUUACUAUUUUUCUUCCCAUAACACUCCCUACCUUUCUUUCUUCUCGAAAACUUCCUAUCUUCGUCAUCACGUAUUUCCUCAAUUCCUCCUUUCUUUUCAGCCUCUUCUCCUACCUCACUAAUUCGUUAUCAGCUCUUUCACAUUGUGCUCAGACACGCCUUGUAAGCGAAUUUUUCAGGGCGGAUGUGGAAAUUCGUAAAUUUAUUGAUCCGCAAAUGGUUGACUGUGGAUGCGACGUGUUUGUUGGCGAAAUGACAAUCAGUUUGAGCAGUGCAUGGAAUUUCAACACUAAUCCCAUUAGACGGCGUGUUAGCUUAUCCGAAGAUGCUGCUACUGUUGUCCUUGAAUUUUCCAACGAUUUUCUUGCAUGA